UUUUUGAGCUGUCACAAGUUUUACACAAAGGGAACACCGGUGGACUGUGUGCUGUAGUUGAGGGUUGAAAGUGGAUUAAAAUGUCUGAAAUGCAGCUGCUGAGGCUGUUCAUCAGUGAGAGGCUGAGUGUGGCUGCAGAGGAGAUCUUCUCCGCGGUGCAGAGGACCAUAUCUGAGCAGAGAUCUCAACAAGACGGUGACCACCGGCAUGGACUCAAACCGGAAGUGCAGUCCGGAGAGACGCCACAUGGAUUUAUCAGUGCAUAUGUGCAGACACACCAUGAAACGGAUUGGAGUCCAAAGAGCUGCCACAACAACCCCAGUUUGAAACAGGAGGAGUGUGGCCUGCUGGUCCCAGACCCUCCAGCUAUCAAACAGGAAGAGCCAUGGAGCAGUCCAGAGGGAGAACAGCUACCAGACAUGGAGGACACCAGCACUUUGAAAGUGACGCCCACCUUCAUUUACUCAGCCAUGACUGAGUUACAAACUUAUGACACAGGAAAUGAAGACAGAAACGCACAGUCAAGCAGUGAAUGUUGGAAUAAUUUGCCAGAUCGUUCUGUAACUGUGAAUAACAUGGGGCCUAAGCAGGGUUUAGCAACAGUGACAGAGUACAGUAUUGGAAACAUCCACACGCAGAGCCCAACAGGGAAAAAACAGUGGACUAAAAGUUGUGAACCAAACAGCCCAACUUCAUCAAAAAAAGAGACAAAUACAAGCAAAUCAUACUGCUGCAGUUUCUGUGGCAAAGAAUUCAGGCGAAGUGCACACCUUGCCACGCACACUCAAAUCCACACUGGUGAGACGAUGUACGUCUGUGAGUUGUGUGGUAAAGAGUUUCGACAUGGCAACAGUCUGACUGCGCACAUGAGGAUUCACUCGGAGGACAGGCCACACAGAUGCAGGAUUUGUGGAAAAGAGUUCCGCCAUGUUGGCAACUUGAACGUCCACACGAGAAUCCACACAGGAGAGAAACCCUACGCCUGCACCGUGUGUGGAAAGAAGUUCAGUCGGAACAAUUUAAUGACAAAACACAUGGAAGAUGUUCACUUGGCAUGACAUUAAGCAGAAUAUCCAAUUUUCUGUAAAUCUGUCCUUACUGUAUGAAAUGGUAAUACUAUAAAGUAAAACAUGGUAGAAAUGGCUCAUGAUGGGUUACAAUAAAAGCUGUAAAUUGCCUAUAUAAUUGUUCUGUAAAUUGAUUAUGGUUAUAAGCAAGAAAUUAUCUUUCUAUGUGUAAAAUCUUUGGACAGAUAACACUUUUCAGUAUAACAUAAUGUCUCUUUACGUCAUCUCACUAAUGAUGCAGAGGUUAUCAGUGGUGGUAUAAAAGUAUUUAUUUGUUUCCUUCUUUUAAUGAUGCAUUCUUAUAAAUAUAAUCCAGCCACAAACAUAAUCCAAUAAAAUAAUGUAUAUUAUUUUGAAGUGGGCCACUCUGCAUAAUGAGUGUUAUUUAUUACUUAAAUUAGGAUUUGUCAAAUAUCGGAAUACCUGAAUUGAAAUGUGUAAUCCAAACUGUUUGUAAAAAGUGCCUGGUUUGUGAAGCUGUAACCGAUUGUUAAUAAACGUGAAUUAAAAUGCAAUUUA